AUGGCUAUCGUGCUUAGGUUUGUUGAUGUUCAUGGUGUCAUACGUGAACGAUUUUUUGAUAUUGUUAAUGUGUCUGACACAACAUCAGCAACUCUUAAGAAAGAAGUAUCUGAUGUUCUUACACGGAAUAACUUGAGCAUUUAUGACAUGAGAGGUCAGGGAUAUGAUGGUUCUAGUAAUAUGCGUGGGGCAUUUAAUGGAUUACAAGCAUUAUUUCUUAAAGAUUGCCCAUAUGCUUAUUAUGUACAUUGUUUUGCUCACUGUUUACAGCUAGCAUUGGUUGGAGCUGUUGAGAAACAGGAUUCCAUAUGGGAUUUUUUUUCCUAUGUUGUGAAUGUUGUUACUAGUUCUUCUAAACGUCUGUCAGAGUUACAGAUAGCACAUGGCAUUGAGGUUGAUCAUUCUUUGGCUAGUGGGGAACGUGAGACUGGGAGGGGACUUAAUCAGAUUGGAAAUUUACAACGUGCAAGAUCUACCAGGUGGAGCUCUCACUUUAACUCUAUUUGUAGUUUGAUUGAUAAGUAUAGUUCAAUACUCACUGUGUUGGAAAGCAUUAUUACUUGUAGUACAUCUUCGAACUCUAUGCGUGGAGAAGCUAGAGGCUCUCUAAAUGCACUUAAAUCAUUCAAGUUUAUAUUUGUACUCUACUUGAUGCAUAAGAUCAUGGGCAUCACAGAUUUGCUUUGUCGAGCCUUACAAACUAAAUCAAUUGAUAUCUUGAAUGUCGUGGAUUUAGUUGCAACAACAAAAGAAUUGCUACAAUCUUUGAGAGCUGAUGGGUUUGAUGUUCUUUUGGAAUAUGUUAUAUCAGUUUGCGAAAAAUUCGAAAUUGAUGUACCGGAUAUGAAUUCUCGUUAUAUGGAUAAUAUCCAUUCAGUGAGAAAAAGAGAUGAUAUAUCAAUUGAGCAUCAUUAUCAUUAUGAUAUAUUUAAUUCUGCUAUUGAUUAUCAGGUGGAAGAGUUGAACUACAGGUUUAAUGAUAAUGCAGUGGAGCUUUUGAGAUUGAGUUCAUCAUUGGAAUCGAAGAAUAAUUUUAGUUUGUUUGACAUUGAGCAGAUUUGUACCCUUGCUAGUACCUUUUAUCCUGCUGAUUUUAGUCAACAAGAGAUGUACUAUCUGAAACUCCAACUUGAUCAUUACAAGAUUGAUGUGAUUAGGCAUGCUAGAUUUCAGAAUUUGUCUACAAUCUCUGAGUUAUGUGUUUCUACAGCUACUACAGAACGAGCUUUUUCAGCUAUGAAAAUAGUUAAGACCGUUCUUCGAAACAAAAUGGAUGAAGAAUAUCUGCGAGAUUCUAUGCUUAUCAACAUUGAAAGAUAG